AAUUGACCAUUUUCACAGAUCUUUCUUUUGGCUUAAAGUUGAAGAUGGGCACCCUGCCACUUCCAUGAACUUUCUUGCUGGUUCUUUUCCUUCUCCCCAUCCUCUGUAUAUAAUCUCCACGCAACUCUUUCCAACACCCACUAACAAUUUGUUCUGAUUUUGCUUCUUUCUUCUCCAAAAGCAAGCUAAGAGCUGCAAAAAUGGCAGCUUGCAUUAAUGACAGAACCGGCCAAUGCCAAAUUUCUAACAUUUUUCCAUGCAGAUCCUUCAAAUUCAUCAGACCCUGUUUCUCAAACCCUGUUUCAGGCAAUCAAAGUUGCCAGAGCAAGCCACCCUGCACUUCUGAUGCUGAUGAAGACGAUCACUUAUGGGGGAAAAUCCAAGAAGAGGCUCUGUUUGAUUCAAAACAAGAGCCCAUACUCUCUCACUACUAUUGUUCUUCCAUUUUGGUACACAAUUCUCUGGAAACUGCACUGGCAAAUCACCUGGCACUUAAACUAGCCAAUUCAAGCCUUUCCAGUGAUUCCCUCGUCACAGUUUUUUCCACAGCAUUCGAUGAAGAUUGCAAGAUCAGAGCAGCCAUCAGAGAAGAUCUUGAAGCUGCAAAAGCAAGAGACCCCGCCUGCAUCAGUUAUGUUCAGUGUUUGUUGAACUUCAAAGGGUUUCUGGCAUUGCAAGCCCAGAGAGUGUCACAUAGGCUGUGGUCACAGGGGAGGGCUGCCCUGGCUCUGGUGAUCCAGAGCCGGGUUUCGGAGGUUUUUGCCGUCGACAUCCACCCGGGGGCGAGGAUCGGGCAGGGGGUCCUGCUCGACCACGCCACUGGAGUUGUAGUUGGCGAAACCACGGUGAUCGGAGACGGGGUUUCCAUUUUGCACAGUGUGACCCUGGGAGGGACUGGAAAGGAAGUUGGGGACAGGCACCCCAAGGUUGGAGACGGAGUUUUUAUAGGUGCAGGGGCUAAGGUUUUGGGGAAUGUUGUUAUAGGGGAAGGGGCUAAAAUUGGUGCGGGGUCCGUGGUUUUAAGGGCAGUGCCCUCCGAGGGCACCGCUGUGGGGAACCCUGCUAGAUUGGUUGGAGAGAAGGAGAGACCUAGAGUGUGAAAAUGACAUUUUAUUUUUUACAGCCCUUCUUUUUCCAUGGUUGAUGUGUAAGAGUGUAGAGAAAAUGACCAGGUUGUCCGAAAUUUUUUUCCUUUCUUGGAAGCCAGUGCUGGCAACUUCUGCAAUUUUUACAGUGGACUGAUCCUUUGAUGGUGUUCAUUCAGUAUUGGGGCUGAUGAUUUAUGCCAAGCGAAGCACUUUUUUUCUUCUUCGAGCAGCCUAAUGGAAAACACCAUUCUCUGUUGUUUAUUUGUUUAUGUUUCUUUUUUGUUGCUAUGUUGCUUUUCUUUGGUGGAAGAUAUUGACCUAUUCCUUAUGGUCCUUGCCUUAGAUAAUGAGUGAAUAUAAUGGUUAAUUAUGUGGUGAUGGUA